CCGGCAGAUGUGCUUGAAGCCAUGGCCAGGCUGGCGGGGCCCCGGCCCGUGGCCACCCGCCGCUGGGGCUGUGUCACCGCUGCCUUCCUCCUCCUCCUCCUCACCGUGCAUGCUGCCCAGAAAGGCGAUGUUAGUGGUGACACCACUGCUGCCACCAUCAACCACUCGCUGACGCUGCUGCAGCGGCUGCAGGAGCUGCUGCAGAACGGCAACGGCAGCGACUCGGUGCUGCGGGUGCACACGGCUGCCUCCGAGGAGGCCAAGGUCUUCCACACCCACCAGCUGCUGCUCAGUCUCCAGAGCGAGGUCUUUGAGAGCCUCCUGCACAACCAGAGCAUUGUCACCCUGUACGAGCCACCUGAGACUGCUGCGCUCUUUGAUAAGUUUAUCAGGUACCUGUACUGCGGGGGGGUCUCCAUCCUGCUGCACCAAGCCAUCCCCCUGCACCAGCUGGCCAGCAAGUACCGUGUGUGGGGGCUGCAGCGCGGCGUGGCCGACUACAUGAAGACCCACCUGGCCAGCGAGUCGAGCCAGGGCCACGUGGUGGGCUGGUACCAUUACGCCGUGCGCAUCGGGGACGUGGCGCUGCAGGAGAGCUGCCUCCAGUUCCUGGCCUGGAACCUCUCGGCUGUGCUGGGAAGCGCCGAGUGGGGCUCGGUGAGCGUGGAGCUGCUGCUGCUGCUGCUAGAGCGCUCCGACCUGGUGCUGCACAGCGAGCUGGAGCUCUACACGGCUGUGGAAAGCUGGCUGGGCCACCGGCAGCCGGAGGGGCCCGUGGCUGAGCGGGUGCUGCGUGCCAUCCGCUACCCCAUGAUCGCCCCCAGCCAGCUCUUCCGGCUGCAGGCGCAGUCGGCGGUGCUGGCGCGGCACUACAGCGCGGUGCAGGACCUGCUGUUCCAGGCCUUCCAGUUCCACGCCGCUUCCCCCCUCCAUUUUGCCAAGUACUUCGACGUCAACUGCAGCAUGUUCCUGCCCCGCAACUACCUCGCGCCCAGCUGGGGCUCCCAGUGGGUCAUCAACAACCCAGCGCGGGAUGACCGCAGCACCAGCUUCCAGACCCAGCUGGGUCCCAGCAGCCACGACGCUGGGAAGCGGGUCACCUGGAACGUCCUCUUCUCGCCGCGCUGGCUGCCCAUCAGCCUGCGCCCCGUCUACUCGGACACGGUCUCUGGGGCCGUCCAGCCGGCACGUAUCGAGGACGGUCGCCCCCGGCUCGUCAUCACCCCGGCCAUGAGCAGCCCCGACUUUGCCGGUGUCAGCUUCCAGAAGACGGUGCUGGUGGGCGUGCGGCAGCAGGGCCGCGUCCUGGUGAAGCACGUCUAUGGCUUCCACCAGAGCUCGGACGAGACCACCGACUUCCUGGCCCAGGCCGACCUGCAGAAGCGCACCUCCGAGUACCUCAUCGACAACUCCCUGCACCUCCACAUCAUCAUCAAGCCCAUCUACCACUCCCUCAUCAAGGUGAAGAAGUAACCAGGCAGAGCCAGGGCCUGUGGCUGAACUGGCCACAGCCCUAGAGGGGGGGCCUGUGCUUGGUCCUCCUGCUCCUAGGUAGAUGGAGGUCCCCACAGUGGGCAACCCCGGGGCUGUUCUCUGCUGCCCACCCUUCCCUGAUUGUCCCCUUGUCACAUCUGAUCCCCACAGCUGUUCCUGGGGUGCCUGCCGGGAGCUGGGGACAUGGGACACUGGAAUCCCCCUGCCCGACAUGGGUGGUGCAGGAGGUGGAAUGUGCAGCCCACUGCCAUGGGCACACCCUGGGCUCACAAACCCCCACGGGCGAGGGGAUGGGGACAGAGACAGCUCGUUCCUUGCUAUGAUACCACCUUAUGUCCUCCCUCUGUGUCAUGGUGCUGGGUCCAGCUGCUGGCCCUGAUACCUGGCAGCAGCUCCCAGGGGUGACCCAGCUGCAUGCCCAGGCUAGGGUGGGUGCCCUGGCUGCACCCCCCAGCACAGGAUGUUUCAGGAGCACCAUCCCCACUCACGUCCAGCUCUGCCCCAUUCCUGCCUGGGCACUCCCACCCCCUGCCUAAUAAAAGCAGAAAAUGAG